UUGCUGUUAUCAUCGUUCACUAAUUUUGUUCAGUCUUCAGCAGUGAUGUUCCGUGUCAAGUCUGGUUCUCUACAAUUGGCUCGUUCCUUCGCUAGUGCUGCAAAGAGGGAACGUGUCGGACCUAACAUCGUUCUUGUAGAUGCCGUUCGUACUCCAUUUGUUGUUUCCGGAACCGUUUAUAAGGAUUUGAUGGCUGUUGAUUUACAAAAAGAGUCCAUCAAGGCUUUGAUCGAGAGAACUCAACUUCCUUACAAGCAACUUGAUCACAUCAUUUGCGGUACUGUUAUUCAAGAGUGCAAGACUAGUAACAUUGCCAGAGAAGCUGCUCUCCUCGCUGGAGUUCCAGAUAAGAUUCCUGCUCAUACCGUUACUUUGGCUUGCAUUUCUUCUAAUGUCGCUAUGACCACUGGAAUGGGAAUGCUGGCUACUGGAAAUGCCCAGGCAGUUAUUGCUGGAGGAGUAGAGUUUCUCUCUGACGUUCCAAUCAGAUAUAAUCGCAAGGCUAGAAAGGCCAUGCUCGGUCUCCAGAAAGCCAAAGAUCUCGGAUCCAAAUUGAAAAUUGGUGGUGAUAUUCUCAAGAACAUCAUUUCUCCUGAAUUACCAGCUGUUGCUGAAUUUUCCACUGGAGAAACUAUGGGACACAGUGGAGAUCGUCUCGCUGCUGCUUUCAACGUUUCCAGAAGAGAACAGGAUGAAUUUGCCAUUCGAUCUCACACUCUUGCCCAACAAGCUGCCGAAGCUGGGAAAUUCACAGACAUUGUUCCUGUUUUCCUUCCAGGGAAAAAACCCCAAACUAUUAAGGCUGAUAAUGGAAUCAGAGUGUCAACCAUUGAAAAGCUCUCUUCUCUGAAGCCCGCUUUCGUAAAGCCCCAUGGAACAGUUACUGCUGCAAACGCUUCUUACUUGACUGAUGGAGCUUCCGCUGCUUUAAUCAUGACUGAGGAAUUUGCUCUUGCUAAUGGAUAUAAACCAAAAGCCUAUCUCCGCGACUUCAUGUAUGUAGCUCAGGACCCCAAGGAUCAAUUGCUUCUUUCUCCAGCCUAUGUUAUUCCACAGCUUCUUGAUAAGGCUGGGCUCACUCUUAAAGACAUUGAUGUUUUUGAAAUCCAUGAAGCUUUCGCCGGACAAGUUUUAGCAAAUCUCAAUGCUUUAGACAGCGACUUCUUCUGCAAGGAGAACAUGGGACGUAAAGGCAAAUUCGGCCGUUUGGAUAUGAACAAGAUUAAUAAGUGGGGAGGUUCUCUCUCCAUCGGUCACCCAUUCGGAGCUACCGGAGUCAGACUCGCUGCCCACUCAGCCGGACGUUUAAAGGAAGAGAAAGGGCAAUAUGCUGUGAUCGCUGCUUGUGCUGCCGGAGGUCAUGGAGUCGGAAUGUUGAUCGAAGCUUACGGAAAGUAA